AUGCUUACACGACAAAAAUCAUGUGCAUUGGACAAUAAAUCAUCACCAAACCUUCAGUCACAACACGUUUCUGUUACAUUACCUAAUUAUUCAGUUGUUGAUACUGAAGACUGGAUCAAAUCCUCCAGAUGUCAAUCACAAACUACAGUAUAUGAAUUACCAAAACGGUACUCUAGCGGAAGUACAAAUAGUUCAACAACUAACGGAAAUACUGUCAUCACCAGUAAUAACAAUAAUAUUAAUAAUAAUCUUAUUGCUAGCCGCAUUUCUUCAAAAUCUAAAAAUCUAAUCUCAGUUGAUCCUCCAAAAUCACUACAAUCAUCUACCUUUUUAAAUGAUAAUAAAGUGAAGAAAGGAUAUUCAAAUUAUCCGUACUUCAAUGUUCCACGUCAAUCAUCCCAGUAA